AUGUCGAGCUUGUCGAGCCAAAGCCAAACCGACGGGAGCUUCCUAUCCGAUGCAAUGGACUCAAGCGUUGCCACCAUUCGCCCUGAACCGGUCCAGGAUCUAUUUGGCUAUGGGUUCGGCGUCGACGAUGAUCAUCCGCAGUUGUCGGAAGCACUCCCCGAUUUCCUGCCGGAGGUCGAAGAGCAUGCCGAUCCCACCGAGGUUCCUCAACUGUCCCUGGAUGUUCAGUCGUCCUUGGGCGUCCAAUCAGCUCUCAGUCGGAACAUGCUGGGAGCCCCAAGCUCGAUGAACUUCCUUCUGCCGGCACUGUCCUGUGGUAGUGAGCUGAGCCAGAUCUUGAGGGUAUUGAUUGACAUCGAAUAUGGCAUUACACGGAGCGAUGAGGACAUCCGACAGGCAGAAGAGGGCGCGAGAUCCCUCGCGAGACGCCUUGCUUCGAUGCGAAGCAGCGACCACCCAGUGACACCGGCUGGAUCCAAUCAAACCCACCGGGAACAGUUCCAAUGUAGGAUUUGCUACAUCGAAAAAUUCCAGGCUGUGACUCUUCACGGCACGGGUACACUUAAAAGACACCUGGCAACCCAGCACAGGAUUACUGACAAGGUGUUUGAUUGCCCUUUUCAAAACUGCCCCAAGAGCCCCUUCGAGCGCCGGGAUAAGUUGAGUUCGCAUCUGAAUACUUUCCACAGAAGGGCAGACCCCGCCUUGAUGGACAACGUCGACAGGUCGGUUGAUCUCCCUGCUGUUUGCCCUAUUUGCCGCAUAGGAAUCAUAGCGUGGUCAUGGAACCGGGUCUUUCAGCACAUCAAGCACCAUUGUCUUACAAGCCCUGGCACGGCUAGUACCACGACUGGUGACGACCGUUCCCGUCGGGGUGGUAAUGGGGGUGGGAAUGAUGGCGGCAGCAAUGGCGGCAGCGGCCCUCAUUAUCCAUCCUUCGCUGGGCCAAGUAAUGGGAACGGACAGUCUUGGCCCUACCCAUCUAGCCAGGCAUCCGACCCCCAGAGGCCCUCCUAUCUUGGCACCCAGGGAGGAUACAUGAACCAUUACAAGAAAGAUGUGCGACCCAAUACCCAGGGGCGCUCUGUCUCGGACACUCAACUGGACCCCAGAGGUCGCCUCGGAUGGAAUGAUGCUGCCAUGGAUGACCUCAUGAACACCUCCUUGGAUUCCAAUCUUGAUAUGACCGAUGGAUCAGGCCCACAGCUCUAUGAUCCUCAGUCGGCCCAAGCUUUUUGGGGCUCUGAAGCUGGCCAGCCUGGCUCGAAGGCCCCGGAGCCUUCCAAAGGUAAAGGCCCAGCCAGCCAAAGGGCACCUACUAAGCAGCCCUUGAAGCAGCAGUCUCCAAAGUCUAAGGUUUGUAAGACCUGCAAGCAUAACUGUGGGACAUGUCGGUAUUGUCAAGACCUUCCAGAGCCCAUCCAUACUUGUCAUGAAUGCGCUCAGAGCCCUCAAUCGACUCGCAUUGCGACUCAAACUAUACGCCCCUCCGGAUCGCUCUUCCAGGCAGGCCAGACGGUAUUGCGUACUACUGCCACACAAGGUAGUCAGAACAUCCAGCGCAACUUCCCGGAAGACUACGUUGGCUUCCCCCAAGGCUCAAACGAGCAGCAGCUAUACACCCCAUCGAAUUACGCCACACAGCAUGCUCGAUGGGCGAACCAAGAUGGCUCAUUCAAUAAUGCCACCGACGCUCACCCUCGCGAAAUCUUCCGGGGAAACCCAUUUGUUCAGGUGGCCAUGAUCACUGAAGAUCACAGCGUUCUGCAGAGUGCCGAUGUGAAGUCACUCAGGUCAUCAAAGCUUGUCGAAGAUUUCAGAUUGCUCCACAACCUUGGGCUAAGCUCAUUCACUCGAUUCAAGUCUUUCGAUGACCAGUACAAGCAAGCGGUAGCCAAAGCUUCUCUUGAUCUGGUCACCGAGUCGCACAGGCCUGUCUCCACGAAUGGUGGACUCCCCGCGCUUGGAUCUUCCCAGUCCGCAUCCCAGUGCCAAUGUCCAUGUAUGACUCUGCCCCAUGAAACUUACAGCGCGAAGAUCUAUGCCAAGUUGUCUCCGUCCGAAAGAGUCGAAAUGAGUUUUGACAUGAAACCGGCUUCUCGCCAGUCCAGCCACCCCCUCCGCACGCGAGUGCGUGUGCUCGUCAAACUUUUGAAGCUCAGAGCAUCGGUCUCGAAGCCAAGCCCUCUUCCUAAGCAGUGCCAAUCCAUCAAGCUCGAAGACAGUUCGGAAGAAGCUGAGUCCGAUACUGACUUGGAUCGUGCUCUCUCCCCUUCAUCAUCCGGUUCUGAAUUCGCCCCCGCGGCGCAGACGGCGGAUGUUCAAGACUGGUCCUUCGAGUUUGAGCUCUACUGGGCGAUCGAGAAAUUCUCUGAAUGGACCAGCGGCCUCUCAGCCGAUACGUACCGGGAGCAUUUCAAACCCUACCCCGGCCGCAUAAUGGAUAUGGUGUCAAUGUAUAUCCUGCAUCAAUGCACAUUGCUCUGGACCUUGGCAGGGAGUGAUGGAAUAUCCUUGCUUGUCGGGUAUCUCAGAAUUCAAUCAUGA